AUAAUUGUCCAGUUUUAAGUGAUACUGAAUGGAGAGAUAAUUGUCAAUUCUCUGUAAUUUAUAAUGGAGAAACCCAAUCUGAUUGGAUGAAACGAAUCUGGGAUCAGUUGAUGAACUAUAGGAAUAGUAAUCGCUUGAAUGAUGAUAAAAAGCGUUAUCUUAUUGUGAGAAAGAUGGUGUAUUUAUAUGAGGGUGAUCUCGGCCAUGCUAUAGAUGUAAGUAUAGCAAUCUGUUAUUUGUGCAACAAGCUCAUUUAUUCUAAAAUGGGAUGUGGAUAUGAGUGUGGAUUUCGUCAUUUUAUGAAUGAGCAUUGGAGUACAAAUUGCACAGGAAAUGCUUAUUGUGAUAUUAGUUAUAAAGACUAUAUAAAACUUAAAAGCAGAUUCGAAGCUAAUCUUGGUAACUCCUACUUUAAAAAAGAAGCAAUUCGUCGUUAUGAAUUGUGGAUGCAGAAUGCUAUUAGAAGAGUUAAACGUGCAAGAGAAGUUGGAAGAAAAAUUCAAGCUAUAAAGGUUAUACAACAAAAAUGGCUAGAGUAUUUCUACAGACCCGAAGGUAUGUGUGCUACAGAACUUGCUCAAUAUUAUAAACUCCUAUGGA